AUGAUCGACCAACAAAUCUUCGAGGACCUCCAGACGAAGAUUGAUGAGGAGACUACUGUCCGUGAUGUAAGUCUAGCGCUUCCAGCAUGCAUCUCUGUCGUGGGAAAAUCUCGUGCCAAAGCCCAACUGCGGAUAGGCGGGCGAUCUACCCAAGCUGUUCUGUCGCGCGCCCAUUCAACUCCUACUACCCAGAUUCAAAAGGUCCUUGACGAUGCCACCAAAGACAUCCUCACCCAGAAGCAAGAGGUCGCUCGCCUGAAAACAGUGGCUGACCAGCACCCGUUCUACAAGUACAAUGGACUGUGGACCCGAGAGUUGCAGAACCUGGUCGCGUCAAUCGAGCUCUGUGUAUGGCUUGGAGGGCUAGAGGAGUACAAGUCCGGCUCAGCCUCAUUCAUGACUAUUGAAGAAGUGGGAAAGUUCCUCGAAGUGCCCGUAAACUUGAAGGAAAGUGAUGCGUUCCACCUGACCAUCGAAGAGUACCUCCUGGGGCUGAUCGCGAUGGUCGAGGAGCUGUCACGUCUGGCCGUCAACUCAGUCACCCUCGGUGACUAUGAACGUCCGCUGCAGAUUGGAAACUUCGUCAAGGAGCUCUUUGCUGGAUUCCAACUGCUGAACCUGAAGAAUGACAUUCUGCGCAAGCGGAGUGACGGACUCAAGUAUAGCGUCAAGAAAGUUGAGGAUGUCGUCUACGACCUUUCCUUGCGCAAUCUCAUUCCCAAGGACGCCACCGCAUAA